AUGGCGAGCCGGCAGAUUACACGACGAGUUCUCAUCAGCGCUGCAAUCGCGCUAUUUAUCGUCUUUAUUCUCUUCAUUCAACCCCAAGGACCCCCGAGUCCCGCGAUACGAGCCCCUGGGCAUAUCGAUAAGUCCGCGCCGGCAUCGGGUCUGGCCAAGGAUGACUUGCUAAAAGGGGAGGUGGUGAUGUCGCGAUUGGGGAAUGAGACUGUGAAGGCAGAAUUAGGUCGGGCGACGUGGAAGUACUUCCAUACGAUGUUGGCGCGGUAUCCCGAACAUCCUACGCAAGAACAACGGGAGACAUUGCAUUCAUUUAUUUAUUUGUUCUCGCGACUUUAUCCAUGCGGCGAAUGUGCCUCGCACUUCCAGCAACACCUACAAAAGUAUCCGCCACAGGUCUCGUCACGGAAUGCGGCCGCGGGAUGGGGUUGCUUUAUCCACAAUGAGGUCAAUGCAAUGCUUGAGAAGCCCUUGUUCGAUUGCAAUAAUAUCGGCGACUUCUACGACUGCGGUUGCGCUGAGGACGAUGAGGAGGCAGCGGGUGCGAGUGGAGAGAAACACAGCGAGACGGGAGGGAGCAAAGGCCAAAGCGAGAGUGCGCAUCAGCAGACUGGCUAUCAUGACGAGGGUGGCAUGCCGCCUGUCGAAAUUUCGAAAGAGGAGACUACGCGGGGUUGA